GACUACAGGGUACUCGUACACUAGCCACCGUGUGAUAGACUCAAACUGCAAGACCAUCACUUCAACCAUGAAGACUGCUCUCAUUCUCCUUGUGACCCUGUUGUGCGUCGCCACCAUGAUGGCGCAGGAUGACCAAUCUUGUGCUGGUAACGUUUUGUCUACAAUGUUCAAUGCAGCCCCCUGUGUGAUUGAGGGCGUCGAGUAUGCUGAUGGUGAAAGGACCCCAGACCCAUGUAACCGAUGUUGGUGUGGUAAUGGUGAAGUAUACUGCAACAGGAUGGGAUGCCCACGGGCAGACAAUGACCGUCCCGUCUUGUCCUAGGAAAUACAGAACUUGAUGCGAUAGUUAGAGCUGAAUCAACAUACAUAAAGAUACAUACGUUUAAUAAAAAACAAAAAACAACAGACUUUCCAACUUUGCUGCUGUAUUGUCUCUUCUUCUUUGUAUUUUAAAAUAAAUAGCUUUAGAAAAUAAAAUUUUUAGUUUGUUUUAGAGAAAAACCUAGAUUUUUAAUAAAAGAAAUAAAAUUGUAAUAUGGAAAAAAUAUA